AUGCAUGAGUUGUAUAUAGAAGAAGAGGCCAUGCCUAGUUUGAUGAAGCUGAAUCUGAAUCUGGAGAACCAAGAAGGGAAUGUCUCUGUGGUGGCCAAAGUGUAUGCCUCUUAUCGUGAUUCCGGUAAGCCAACGCUCGAAGAUUAUUCCGAUAACGGAGGCUGGAGGAUACUGGAGGAAGAAGAAGGGGAAAUAAGAGAUUUCCAGAAGCCAUUUACCCGGGUUUUUCUGGAAUGGCUCCUCUGGAUUUCCGGUUCAAACGGUCUUCUGGUUCGUACUGCUGCUUUCUCUGAAGGAGACCACUGGGGAGAUACUUAG